GGUUGUGGGUUAAAUCUGACGUCGUCCUGCACAGUGCCUCCCAUUCAUUCUGAAGUCUCAGGUCAACCCAAUGUUACAAACCAUAAGCCAACUUCCUCUUAUUCGUAACUUGGUGACAGGUUCUUUUACUCAAUCGGCCGCAGCUUCUAAACCCGAGCCAAGACACGCUAGAGAUCAUACCCGCUGGUCACCAGACGACCGUGACAUGGCGGGGAGGAAGAGAGCAAGCAAUGAACAAGAAAGAUCAGCCCCAAGGCUGCGUACUAAGUACCCCACACCAGAAGAAACGGAAGCCAGGGCAAAGGACACAAUCCCAGAAAUGAAUGAGUCAGGACCCUCAGGACAGACAAAUACGAAACCCUACUAUCCACUGUCUCCAACCACCGCCCGGGCCGGAAAACAAGAGGUAGACGCGGGCUCGUGCCGCCCCUCAGGGUCUCCAGUCAUCCACUCACCACGCAUCUCCGACACCCCUCCGGGAACUCAAGGCGGUGAAGAAAACACAAGCACAAGGCGCCCCCGUUCGUACGCCACGGCACACGAAAGUCAUCAGCAACUUCCAUUACCGGCACCUUCUGUUACGCGCAGCAGGAGCUCGAACGUGCUUGUACGAAGCGAUCAAAGCCUAGAGAGUGAGAUUGAGCAAUUGAAUAAACAAUUUGCAUCGAUCAGGGAGAAGUUAGAUAGAUGUCGAAAGGAGAACGAGAGGUUGGCUGGCGAGCGCAAAAAUGCUGAAGCAGUGACCUGGGACAUGCAAACCGCCCUACGUACAGCGGACGCCGACGUGAUAAGGCUGCGUAAUGAGCUGAGCAAGAGCAACUCAGAAAACAAUAAAUUACGACAGGAGAUGGAGCACUUCAAGAGACACGCCGACAUCGCUCGCUCGCUCGGAGCCCGGCUCCGUGAAACCGAAACCACGCUCGCUUCAAAAGGGCACGCUCUAGAUGCCGCAACGAACCAACUAAAGGCCAUGUCGGAGCAAAAGGCACAGCUACACACCCUCCUCGACGACCGCACCUCCGAGCUGAAAGGCGCACAGAGCUUCUUGACCACAGCUGACGCCUCCUCAGGCGCUGACGUCAUUUCCAUGCUGCAGAGGCUCAAUGCCGAGGUACUCCAGAGCGCUGCCUACAUGGCGGAAUCUAUGGUGGAUGCGUUUUCGUUUGAGACGGGUGGGGUAAGGGACGAGAGUGCCUGUGCAGCAGUCACGAAAUUGUUUGGACAGCCGCUCGCGCACUAUUUGUCCACCAAAAAGCAUAAAGAUGACCCCCUUCUCAUCCAAAUCACGUUUCAGUCGUGCUUCGUCGAAUUCCUCGAAUUCGUGAUCUGCUCAUGGACUCUGCCUGGCGGCGAUGCCAACAGAAUGUUUGCCGGCACAUAUGAAAGAAUAAAACAUGGCGAGGCACAGGCGAUAUCAGGGAGGUGGCGGGCGCUCACGAGUGCAUACACCCACAGUCACGAAGAGAGCCGGCUCGUCGCAAUGGCUACAUCACACCUCGCAGAACGUUUCUCCAACAUCAUGCUUGCUGCGGGGUGCUCCUUGGCACCAGAUAUACUUCGCGCAUCAGUAGAAAAAAAGUUAAGUGACAGGAUCGUACUCCUCUUCAAACUGGCCAUGCAGCUUAACAAGAUCGUAAUGGAGGAGAUCACGUCUGCCGACUUGAAACCGGUCAUAGUGCCUAUUGGGAUUACAUAUUCUGCGGAGAGGAUGGAGGAUGCGUACGUAGACGGAUACCCGGCUACUGGUGGCGUGCGGGUGCUGUGCACGACAGACCUUGGCCUGGGCCGAAUGACCAGGCUGGCCACAUCAGGAGACAAACAGUGGGAUAGCAAGCUCUUACUGAAGCCAAAAGUUGCGCUGGAGACAGUGGUUAACAGCAUGGGUGGGUAAAUGGUAGUCUCAUCCGAAAGUACGAUGAGAGAUUCUAUGCCUCUUCCAACUUGAACUUUUUCGUCACUGUGCAUGCGUCUUCAUUCUGGUUUUUGGUACUUAGAAGCUAUAACACAUACCUGAACGUCUUCCAUCUAUAUUUUUCCUCUUGUUUUGCGCUGGACUUGGGUUUAACAACAUGAUUGAGGAUGAGCGGAGAAUGCGCACAUGGU